AUGCGUCUGCUACAGCUAGAUGGCAAAGGCAACCCCAGCCUGACCGAGUUCUUUGAAGACGACAUACCCGAGUAUGCUAUACUUUCACACAGAUGGGGAGCGGAGGAGGUCACGUUCAAGGAUCUGACAGACGGUACAAGUAAAGACAAGACUGGCUACGAUAAGAUACAGCUCUGUGGAGAACAAGCCAGGCGCGACAAGCUGCAAUACUUUUGGGUGGACACAUGUUGCAUCGAUAAAUCGAGCAGUAACGAGCUCGCAGAGGCUAUCAACUCGAUGUUUCGCUGGUACCAGAAAGCGGUUAGAUGCUACGUCUAUUUAUCGGAUGUUUCGACACUAAAGCGGAAAGCAAGCGAUACGUCUGCCGAGUAUACUUGGGAAUCUGCUUUCCGAGUAAGCAAAUGGUUUACCCGAGGCUGGACCUUACAGGAACUCCUUGCUCCAAGAUCAGUUGAAUUCUUUUCCCGGGAAGGUAACCGAAUAGGAAAUAAGAGAACUCUAGAGCAACAAAUCUACGAGAUUACGGGAAUCCCUGCCACGGCACUUCGAGAAAACCCCCUCUCCCAAUUCGGCAUUGAUGAACGAUUCUUAUGGGCAAAAAGUCGACAGACCACACGCGGAGAAGACAAGGCAUACUCGCUAUUUGGCAUUUUCGAUGUCCAAAUGCCCCUUCUUUAUGGCGAAGGAGAGGCCAAGGCGUUUCAGCGGCUCCGAGAGGCAAUCGAUAAACCUUCCAAGAGUAAGUCCUAUCCCUAUGAUUAA